CAGCAGCAGCAGGAAGUCGGUGGGCCCCUUCCGGGGGCUGAGGCCUCUUGCUCUCCGAGGGGAGAACACUGGACACUACCCCACGCAACUCCCAUUUCUGGGCCCCGAGUGUGUUCAUGGCGAAGUCCCCGGAGAACUCUGCCCUGGAGGAGAUUCUGGGGCAGUAUCAACGGAGUCUCCGGGAACGUGCCAGUAGAAGCAUUCACCAAUUGAAAUGUGCCCUGAGAGAAGGUGAUGUCACUAUUGGAGAAGAUGUAAUGGAUCCUUCUUUUAGUACCAGUGUAGGAAAUGAGGAUGCUGGGAAUGCCUGGCGUGAACUGCAACACAGCCAUGCUGUUAAUCAACUCAAAGCUUUGCUAUGCCAACAAGCAACUAAGGAAAGUGAGGUAUCUCCAAGAAGACGAAAAUUGUCCCCUUUGAAAUCAUCAGAAUAUGAGGAAACCGAUAUGCCUGCUCAACACAAUUUUGUUCCCAUCAUCAGUGACCAGUCUCAAUACAUUCAUCAUUUAGAGGCAGAAGUCAAGUUCUGUAAGGAGGAACUCUCUGGAAUGAAAAAUAGGGUACAAGUAAUUGUGCUUGAAAAUGAAAGGCUCCAACAAGAGCUGAAAUCUCAAAGGCAAGAGGAAGCAAUGAGGGAACAAACACUUCUGGAUGCAUCUGGAAACAUACAGAAUUCUUGGAUUACAACAGGUGAAGAUUCUAGGGUGGAUGAAGCUGCCAAGAGAUCAUUUUCCCAUGGCAAUGCAUAUAUUAUCAAAGCUGCAUCUGCUAGUGAGGCUGAAAAAUGGAAACUAGAACUGGAGAGACUAAAACUUACUUAUGAGGAAAAGAGUGAAAUCCUGGAAUCUCAAUUGAUGUUUUUGAGGAAAGACCUAGUUGAAUAUCAGAAAAAUUGUGAAGAUCUUAAAGAGCGACUAAAGCAUAAAGAGUCUCUUCUUGCUGCUAAUAUUUCUAACCGUGUUGGUGGUCUUUGUUUGAAAUGUGCUCAGCAUGAAGCUGUUCUUUCCCAAACCCAUAAUAAUGUUCACAUGCAGACCAUUGAAAGACUGUCUAAAGAAAGAGAUGACUUAAUGUCUGCACUAGUUUCCGCGAGGAGAAGCUUGACCGAGGUGCAGCAAAGAGAAGUAAGUGCUUAUGAGCAGGUGAAACACGCUGUGCAAAUGACUGAGGAGGCCAACUUUGAGAAAACCAAGGCUUUAAUCCAGUGCGAACAGUUGAAGAAUGAACUGGAGAGGCAGACAGAGCGACUUGAGAAAGAACUCGCAUCUCAGCAAGAAAAAAGAGCCUUUGAGAAAGAGAUGAUGAAAAGAGAAAUGACAAAAGAAAGAGAGGACAUGGGCUCAAAGAUGUUGACCCUAUCUCAGAGUAUUGCCCAACUGGAGGCUCAGGUGGAAAAGAUUACAAGAGAGAAGAUUUCAGCUGUUAAUCAACUAGAGGAAAUUCAAAACCAGCUUGCUUCCCGGGAAAUGGAUGUCACAAAGGUGUGUGGAGAAAUGCGCUAUCAAUUGAAUAAAACCAAAAUGGAGAAGGAUGAGGCAGAAAAGGAGCACAGAGAGUACAGAACAAAAACUAAAAGGGAUCUUGAAAUUAAAGAUCAGGAAAUAGAGAAAUUGAGUUUAGAACUGAGUGAAAGCAAGCAGCGCUUGGAACAGGGGCAGCAGAAGGCAAGCCAGGCCAGAGAGGAGUGCCUGAAACUGACAGAACUGCUGGGCAAAUCUGAGCACCAACUGCACCUCACCAGACUGGAAAAAGAUAGCAUUCAGCAGAGCUUUAGCAACGAUGCAAAGGCCCAAGCCCUUCAGGCCCAGCAAAGAGAGCAGGAGCUGACACAGAAGAUACAGCAAAUGGAGGCCCAGCAUGACAAAACUGAAAAUGAACAGUAUUCAUUGCUGACCUCCCAGAAUUCAUUUCUGACAAAGUUAAAGGAAGAGUGCUGCACAUUAGCCAAGAAACUGGAACAAAUCUCUCAGAAAAGCAGAUCUGAAAUAGCUCAGCUCAGUCAAGAAAAAAGGUAUACAUAUGACAAACUGGAAAAGUUACAGAGAAGAAAUGAUGAAUUGGAGGAACAGUGUGUCCAGCAUGGGAGACUACAUGAGAUAAUGAAGCAAAGGCUAAAGCAACUAGACAAGCACAGCCAGGCCACAGCCCAGCAGCUGGUGCAGCUCCUCAGCAAGCAGAACCAGCUUCUGCUGGAGAGACACCUGUCUGAAGACGUGGGACGUCUGAGAUCCCAGUUACCCAGCAUGCCACAAUCUGAUUGCUGACCUGGAUGAAACAGUGAAAUAAACGAUUUACAAAGAGAUAUUUACAUUCAUCUGAUUUAUACGUAAUAUGCCACAAUGCACCGCGACCUUCCCAGUGGACCCCACCUUAGACUGCAGCGGGCUGCGUCGUCACCGCCACAUUCGUUGCCAAGCGGUCCCUGCAGGAUGGAUGGGCUGGAGCUGAAGUCUGACACUAGAUGAGGAGACCUCCUGGUGUAUGUUUUCAGAAAAGGCUCGAAGUUAUUAUGUUUUUAUAUCUGCUCAUUUGUAUGCUUUGUUACACAUGUGAAUUUCAAUAAAUGAAUUUUUUGAAGACUUGAAAUGUUUCCUUUUUAUCUUGUAGUGAUGAAAAAAACACACCAAAAAAAGGCACAUAUUUUAACUAGGCUAAAGGGUAUUAAGGACCAAACCUUUUUUCCUGCCAUUCAUGUCUCUUUCCCUCUUGGAGAGAUCUAUAUAUAUUAUCCUUCAACUUUAUUUGCUUUUAAUCAACAGCCCAUAAGACUCCAUUAUUUAUCAUCCUGCUAAUUUGUGCACAAUCAGAAGACACCAGGAAGCACUAGGCAUUAUCCUCUCCACUCUGUUAACACCAAAAACAGACAAAAAGCAUCUUUGGCUUGGUGGUGUCAUGUUUCUUCUUCAAUAUGCAGUAAUUGAGAGGAGGCUAAAAAUGUACUCAGUGAAAUUACAAAAUUUACUAAGAGUUCUAUCAAACAUCUGUACACAGAUCAUUUUAGCUUAACAUAGUAUUUCUACUAUACACAAUUAAGCCCUCAAGUGCGUUAAAGUAAUAAAAAAUGGGCGCUGCAAGUGUUGUGUUGUCCUUGAGGAUGACAAUGGAACACUAAGGGCAAGGCUGCAGUCGGGACAAGUCCCUGACCCCAGGCUGUUCUCCCUGGCACAGAUCUGUCACCAUCAUCACAUCACAUCCUCCUCCUCCUCCUCAUCAUGGCCUCUCAGAAGGAUGUGGAUUAGGCUCUGGAGGCAGUGGGAUGAUACACCCGCAAAGACCAUUGAGUCUCUUGAGCAUGGACAAGGUUCAAGCCUGAAAGAACAGAACUUCCAUUCAGAUUCAGAAGUUUUUUUUGAUUUCAUCAAGUGUGCUAGACAUAAAGGAUGUCACAUAAGAUAUAUUAAUUGUCCCUAAUUCUGUUUCAGGAACAGUAAAUAAAUUACACAAUAUUCUAAAAAUAGCACCUUUAAAGAAUUAUAGAGGUCACUUUAUGUUAGCCUCCUGGAUCUGUCAACCCCAGUGGUUUUGAGAGAAGAGCACAUGUAAGAAUGCCCUCCAGUUUGGUUGUGUGACAUACACAUACAUGCGUGACCAACUUUGGUCCCAAAGCCGUUCCUCUAUCUGGCUUGAGUCACAGAAGCAAAGCCAAGCUUCUACAAUAGUAUAUAGGUUUAUGAGGUAAAAUCAGAAAAAUGACCCUAGGUAAAUCAGACUGUAGUCCAACCAUCCUACCCAUCUGUUACCCACGUUUCAGUUGGUUAAUUUGCCACGACGUUUUAAAAAUAUACUCUAAGAAAGGAAGUAUGCAGCGCAACACAUGAUCAGGAAGACAUUACUGAUGAGCUACAUUCCUUAAGAAUUCUGGGUCCGAACCACCUGGUGCGAGGACUGUUAGGGGCUUAACAAAUCUCAAAAAAUACUUAUUCUAUAUCUCCAGCUUCACAGAUCUCUCCUAAACCCAUUGUUGGGAAGUCAGCAUCCCCCGCUCUGGAAGCAGCCCUUCAUCAAAGUUUGUACAGUUGCACUACUGCCAUUUUAUUGAAGUAAUAAAAUAAAUCCUGUGUGUGUUUUGAGCUACAAGAAAUUUACAUACUUUCCUGUCACACUUUAUAUAGACUGGGUUAAUACCAGGUGACGCUAUUAAUCUUUUUUUUUUU